GCUGAACUACAAACACAUGGGUCAACAUGGAGGAGCUUUAUGAUUUUAUCCACUUCUAAACUUGCACUAUAACUGGCAACAUAAUGGCAGACGCCUUUGGUGAUGACCUCUUCAACGUUUUUGAAGACAAAGAAGGGGCGACCACAACUGACACUGGCACUGGAGAACUUCCAAAAGGAACCACAGAUUCGAAAAAGUCCGACGCUCAGCGAACUGAUGACCUAUUGAAGAGCAUUGUUGGUAAAAGAACUGCUGAUGAUGAUGACAAUGAAAAUAAUCCAACGAAAAAAGCCAAGGCAGUUCCCCAAGACCUUGGGCCAACUGACGUUAUGCCCAGGAUUCAAAUCCACAGAGUAGAUACUGUUGAAGCCUGUCAACAUGAAGUUGCAAUUCCACCAGAAGCAGAGUUUGUUCCCCUGAAGGCAGCAUCGACCACACCUGCCAAAGAGUAUCCAUUUAUCUUGGAUCCAUUCCAAAAGGAGGCUCUCUUAUGUCUCGAAAACAACCAAUCUGUGCUGGUGUCCGCACAUACGUCUGCUGGCAAGACUGUGGUUGCUGUGUAUGCCAUAGCUAUGUCACUGCGAGAUAAACAGCGUGUUAUCUACACCACACCCAUCAAGGCCCUCAGUAACCAGAAAUACCGUGAACUGUUUGAGGAGUUUCAGGAUGUCGGACUCAUGACUGGUGAUGUUACGAUCAACCCCACUGCUAGCUGUCUCGUCAUGACAACUGAGAUCCUGCGGAGUAUGUUGUACAGAGGCUCGGAAAUCAUGAGGGAAGUGGGCUGGGUCGUAUUUGAUGAAAUUCAUUAUAUGCGAGAUAAAGAAAGGGGUGUAGUCUGGGAGGAGACUAUCAUUCUACUUCCUGAUAACGUCCAUUAUGUGUUCUUGUCUGCCACCAUUCCCAACGCACGACAGUUUGCAGAGUGGAUCUGUCAUUUACACAAACAGCCUUGUCAUGUGGUGUACACAGACUACAGACCCACACCCUUACAACACUACAUAUUCCCCUCUGGAGGUGAUGGCAUUCAUCUUGUUGUGGAUGAAAACGGUGAGUUCCGAGAAGAGAAUUUCAACACUGCCAUGUCCGUGUUAAGAGACGCGGGAGAUGCCUCUAAGGGAGAUAAAUGGGGACGACGAGGUGGAGCCAAAGGCAAUGAGACAAACUGCUUUAAGAUUGUGAAGAUGAUUAUGGAGCGGAGCUUUGCCCCUGUCAUCGUGUUCAGUUUUAGUAAGAAGGAUUGCGAGGCAUACGCCAUGCAAAUGGCAAAGCUAGAUUUCAAUACAGAGGAAGAAAAGACAUUAGUCGAAGAGGUGUUCAACAAUGCAAUCGACAACUUGUCCGAUGAUGACAAAAAACUGCCUCAGGUGGAGCAUGUGCUGCCAUUAUUGAGGAAAGGUGUGGGUAUCCAUCACUCCGGUCUACUGCCCCUUCUCAAGGAAACCAUAGAAAUUCUCUUCUCAGAAGGGCUUAUUAAGGCACUCUUUGCUACAGAGACAUUUGCAAUGGGGCUCAACAUGCCGGCUAGAACUGUGCUAUUCACAAGUGCAAGGAAAUUUGAUGGGAAAGAUUUCCGAUGGCUGACAUCAGGGGAGUACAUUCAGAUGAGUGGUCGAGCUGGACGUAGAGGCCUCGACGACCGUGGAAUUGUCAUUCUGAUGGUGGAUGAAAAAAUGAGUCCUCAAGCAGGCAAAACUGUUGUCAAGGGUUUAGCUGACCCUCUGAACUCCGCCUUCCACUUGACUUACAACAUGGUGUUGAAUUUACUGCGAGUGGAGGAGAUUAACCCGGAGUACAUGCUGGAACGCUCCUUCUAUCAAUUCCAGAACUAUGCAGCCAUUCCUGAUCUCUGUGACAAAUUGAAGAAGUUGGAGGAAGAUUAUGCUAAUGUACAGGUUCCAAACGAAGAGCAGGUCGGACCUUACUAUAAAAUACGACAACAGUUAGACAAUCUGGGCAAGGAGCUUCUACAGUAUAUACAGAAACCACAGUACCUACUGCCCUUCUUACAACCAGGCAGGGUCAUCAAGGUGAAAAAUGGAGAGGAUGACUUUGGCUAUGGAGUACUUGUCAACCUACAGAAGAAGUCCAACCAGAAGAAAUCAGUAGAGACGUCUGAUGCAGUAUACGUGGCCGAAGUCUUACUGAACCUGACGAAGGAGAGUGCCCGCCAACGUAAUAUAUCCUCCAUACAGCCCUGUCCUCAAGGCUCACGAGGUGAAAUGCAGGUUGUACCUGUGGUCACUAGUCUUAUCCAGUCCGUCAGCGCUGUGAGACUUUACAUCCCACAAGACCUACGUCCAAGUGACAACAGACAGAGCGUGUCCAAAUCCCUCCAGGAAGUAGAGCGACGGUUCCCUGACGGAGUACCGCUACUCGACCCCAUAGAGGACAUGGGCAUCAAGGAGAAAGGUCUGAAAGAAAUAGUCAAGAAAAUCGAAGCAUUUGAACACAGGAUGUACUCACAUCCACUCCACAAAGAUCCCCGCCUGGAGGAGUACUAUAAGGAGUAUGAGAAGAAGGCCAAGGUGGGGAAUGAUGUGAAAGCAAUUAAGUUGGAGCUUAAGAAAAAGAAGUCGCUGCUUCAGAUGGAUGAAUUGAAGUGUCGCAAGCGGGUCUUACGACGCCUUGGUUACUGUACUGCCUCUGAUGUCAUAGAACUCAAGGGUAGGGUGGCUUGUGAGAUUAGCAGUGGAGACGAAUUACUACUGACAGAACUCCUCUUCAAUGGUGUAUUCAAUGACCUGACAACCCAACAGACGUGUGCUCUCAUGAGUUGUUUUGUCUUUCAAGAAAAAUCCAAUGAGAUGCCUAAACUGACCGAGGCUUUGUCCGGGCCUCUUCGUAUCAUGCAGGAUACAGCACGUCGGAUUGCACGAGUUAGUCGUGAAGCAAAGAUAGAGAUUGACGAGGAACAAUAUGUGGAGUCAUUUAAACCUCAUAUGAUGGACAUUGUUAACGCGUGGUGUAAUGGAUCCACCUUCGCAGAGAUCUGUAAAAUGUCAGACAUAUUUGAAGGCAGUAUAAUCCGUUGUAUGCGAAGAUUGGAGGAAACACUCAGACAGAUGUGCCAAGCAGCCAAAGCUAUUGGUAACACAGAACUGGAGAAUAAAUUUGCUGAAUCUAUACGGAGUAUAAAGAGGGAUAUAGUGUUUGCUGCCAGUCUGUACUUGUGAAGGGGAAGGACAGAUGAUAUAAGCAUUCUGGUCUAAAACAUCUCCUGGAAAAGACUCACACACAGCACCAAAGACAUGCGAGCCUGAUGGGUGCUAAGAUGAAUCUCCAGACUCACAAAACAUGUCCUGUGACAAGUUGUGUGGUGACAGUGUCCUGUGACAAGUUGUGUGGUGACAGUGUCCUGUGACAAGUUGUGUGGUGACAGUGUCCUGUGACAAGUUGUGUGGUGACAGUGUCCUGGGAUCCCAGGUCAUUACUGUGGAUGUGAAAGUGUUGUGUACCAAUAUAUGGUUACAUUUAUAUAAAAACUUAAUUAAAGAAAUGAAACGGAAGAUCUUUCCUUUAAAUAAUGUACACAACGAGCUACAGUAGGAAAUGAUUUGUGGCCGUUCUUACCCCUAAACACACUACACAACCAGGUACAGUAGGAAGUGGGUUGUGGCCCCUCUUACCCCUAAACACACUACACAACCAGGUACAGUAGGAAGUGGGUUGUGGCCCCUCUUACCCCUAAACACACUACACAACCAGAUACAGUAGGAAAUGGAUUGUGGGUCUUCUUACCCCUGAACACACUACACAACCAGAUACAGUAGGAAAUGGAUUGUGGCCGUUCUUACCCCUAAACACACUACACAACCAGAUACAGUAGGAAAUGGAUUGUGGGUCUUCUUACCCCCUAAACACACUACACAACCAGAUACAGUAGGAAAUGGAUUGUGGGUCUUCUUACCCCUGAACACACUACACAACCAGGUACAGUAGGAAAUGGAUUGUGGGUAUUCUUACCCCUAAACACACUACACAACCAGAUACAGUAGGAAAUGGAUUGUGGGUCUUCUUACCCCUAAACACGAUACACAACCAGAUACAGUAGGAAAUGGAUUGUGGGUCUUCUUACCCCUGAAAACACUACACAACCAGGUACAGUAGGAAAUGGAUUGUGGGUAUUCUUACCCCUAAACACACUACACAACCAGAUACAGUAGGAAAUGGAUUGUGGGUCUUCUUACCCCUAAACACACUACACAACCAGGUACAGUAGGAAGUGGGUUGUGGCCCCUCUUACCCCUAAACACACUACACAACCAGGUACAGUAGGAAAUGGAUUGUGGGUCUUCUUACCCCUAAACACACUACACAGGCUGUCUACACACCUUUAUACCAGGUAUACUGUAGAAAGAUUAGUACCUCUCAUUUUAUUGGUAACACAUUUAACAUCAGAUCAGUCCUCUUACAAGUUCCUCAGUAUCUCAAAUAAAAGAUCAACAUAUAACAGUAAUAAAUAUUCCUGAUUUGUUUAAGGGGUAGAGAUUGGAGGAUUUAUUUCACAUGGAAUUUGUCCAUGGCAUGAGUCAAAUUAAAAUUGUCCAUGGUGUGAGUCGCAUUGAAUUUGUCCAUGUGGUGAGUCACCUUGAAAUUGACCAUGGUGCGAGUCGCAUUGAAAUUGUCCAUGUGGUGAGUCACCUUGAAAUUGACCAUGGUGCGAGUCACAUUGAAAUUGUCAAUGGCGUAAAUCACAUUGAAUUUGUCCAUGGCAUAAUCUGAUUUAUGGGCAUCAUUUGUAUAUAAAUGUAAGUUAUGUAUCUUUAUUGUAAAUUUCAAUAUUUCACUUCAUUGUUUAAGUCAUUUAUGUAGUACAUAAUGUUUUGUGUUCAUAUUAGUCAUUUUAUGUCGACGGAUGAGAGACUGAAAUCAUGUAAUAAGUAUUGUAUAUCACUCAUAGGAUGCAGUCAUGUCAUACAAAAGUAUGAAAUAAAAUUUCAUUCUCUUU